AUAAUCUCCUUGGUUACCAGAAGAGGAGGAUAGUGACCUGAAUUUACCAACCGAAAGCGGGAAUAAUCCAUGGCCACUCCAAGAGAAAGUGGCUUGGGCGGAGCAGAGAGCUCCCCCUCAACGCCGUUGGCGACGCCCAUAGCAACUCCGGUGUCGACGAGGUCGGUGAAGUGGGAGAAGGACGUCGAGGAUGCGGCUGGCACGCUGGAUCGGCCACUGCUUCACAAGCGCUGCACGAACACGACCUCGCAGAUGGCCGUCGUCGGCGCCAACACCUGCCCCAUUGAGAGCCUCGAUUACGAAGUUGUGGAGAACGAAGUGUACAAUCAAGACUGGCGAUCAAGAGGAAAACUUCAGAUCUUCCAAUACCAGGCCCUUAAAUGGGCCCUGGCACUCUUUGUGGGUUUAGUGGUCGCCCUAGUUGGAUUCUUCAACAACAUUGCUGUCGAAAACAUCGCUGGUUUCAAGCUGCUCCUGACGAGUGAUCCCAUGCUCAAGGACCGGUACAUGAUGGCGUUCGUAGUGUACAUCGGUUGCAAUACAACGUUGGCCGCUGCAGCAGCUGCAUUGUGCGCUUACAUUGCCCCGGCAGCAGCCGGUUCCGGCAUCCCUGAGGUUAAGGCCUAUCUGAACGGCAUCGAUGCGCACUCGAUCUUAGCGCCUAGUACCCUCUUAGUGAAGAUUUUUGGCUCGGUACUAGGGGUGUCUGCCGGGUUUGUGCUGGGUAAGGAAGGGCCAAUGGUGCACACCGGUGCUUGUGUUGCCUCCUUUCUCGGGCAAGGUGGGUCACGGAAGUAUGGCCUCACCUGGAACUGGAUCAGGUAUUUCAAGAAUGAUCUGGACCGCAGGGAUCUCAUCACCUGUGGAGCCGCGGCCGGCGUGGCAGCAGCCUUCCGUGCCCCAGUUGGCGGCGUGCUCUUUGCGCUUGAAGAAGUUACAUCAUGGUGGCGGAGUGUGCUUCUCUGGAGGACGUUCUCCACGACGGCCGUGGUGGUGAUGGUGCUGCGCGGCCUGAUCAGCUACUGCCGCGGUGGCCACUGCGGCCUGUUUGGCAAAGGAGGGCUGAUCAUGUUCGAUCUCAGCUCUCGGCAAGCCGCUUACACCGCGAAGGACCUCGCCGCGGUCAUGCUGCUCGGCAUCCUUGGCGGGCUGCUCGGCGCUCUUUUCAACUUCUUCGUCGACCGGAUCCUCCGCGUCUACAGCCUCCUCAACGAGAAGGGCGCGCGCUCCAAGAUCAUCCUGACGGCGACCAUCUCGGUGAUCACCUCGUGCUGCACCUUCGGCUUGCCCUGGCUGACGUCGUGCACGCCCUGCCCGCCCGAGCUCGCCGGCAAGUGCCCGACCAUCGGGCGCUCCGGCAACUUCAAGAACUUCCAGUGCCCGGCGGGGCACUACAACGCGCUGGCGUCGCUCUUCUUCAACACCAACGACGACGCCAUCCGCAACCUCUUCAGCGCGGGGACCGACAGGGAGUUCGGCGCGGCCACGCUGCUGACCUUCUUCGUCACCGUCUACGCCCUGGGCGUCCUCACCUACGGCGUGGCGGUGCCGUCGGGGCUCUUCAUCCCCGUCAUCCUCGCCGGCGCCUCGUUCGGGCGGCUGACCGGCGCGCUGCUGGGCUCCAUCAGCGGCCUCGACACGGGCCUCUUCGCGCUGCUGGACGCGGCGUCCUUCCUGGGCGGGACGAUGCGGAUGACGGUGUCGGUGUGCGUCAUCCUGCUGGAGCUCACCAACGACCUGCACCUGCUGCCGCUCAUCAUGCUCGUGCUGCUCAUCGCCAAGACGGUGGCCGACUGCUUCAACCGGGGGGUGUACGAGCAGAUGGUGCGCAUGAAGGGGCUCCCCUACCUGGAGGUGCACGCGGAGCCGUGCAUGCGGAGCCUGGUGGCCGGCGACGUCGUGUCGGGCCCGCUCAUCACCCUGUCCAGCGUCGAGCGCGUCGGCACCGUGGUGGAGACGCUCCGGCAGACGGGCCACAACGGGUUCCCCGUGAUCGAGGAGCCGCCGCUGGCGGCGGCGCCGGAGCUGUGCGGCCUGGUGCUGCGCUCCCACCUGCUGGUGCUGCUGCAGGGGCGGACCUUCACCCGGGGCCGCGCCAAGGCCGGCGCCGCCGAGGUGUUCCGCAAGCUCGCGCCCUUCGACUUCGCCAAGGCCGGCUCCGGCAAGGGCCUCAAGGUGGAGGACCUGGACCUGAGCGAGGAGGAGAUGGACAUGUUCGUCGACCUCCACCCCAUCACCAACCGCUCGCCCUACACCGUGGUGGAGAACAUGUCGCUGGCCAAGGCGGCCGUGCUGUUCCGCGGCCUCGCCCUCCGCCACAUGUGCGUCGUGUCCAUGACGCAGAGGAGGCCGCCGGUGGUGGGGAUCCUGACGCGCCACGACUUCAUGCCGCAGUACAUCCGCGGGCUGUACCCGAACACCAUCCCCCGGUAGAACGAAAAGCCAAGGGGGUGGCUCACGAAUGGACUUUGAUUUGCAUUGGAACAUUGUGUAUAGGUUAGGUUAGGCUUCUUUAAUGGGGUAUGCCUAAAAAAAGGUUUAGGCUAUUUAAUCAGCACCCUGUCCCCUGCUGUCAAAGUGGUGCGCCUGAAAAUUUGUCUGCACCGGCAAGCCUGAGAUUUCAGCUCCUGUAAGUAGUAUAUCUCACAGAUAAUGCCGAUUAUUUACAUUUGAACCAAUUUGAUGAUCAAAGGCCAUUGAGUCUGUGAAUGUGUGACUGUGAGCAGCUAUAAUCAACUCGACUUUAAGUGCUUCUUCUCUUGAUUUGAUUCAUUUCUCUGUCCUCAGCUUCUCUUGAAUUUUUUUUCUUCUUCUUGUUCUUGGCCCUCUUCUUGGUGGCUUCCAGGUUCUGUCCAAAUUGACAACAGUUAAUUCUAAUACUGAAGAAGUUGGCAAGAGAAACAUGAAUGCAUUGUUAUUUUAAGUGCAGUUACCAAAUUUAUGGGUCGCAAUACGGUUUUGCGUUACAUUAGUUGGCAUGAUAGACAUAUCUUGGUCAUUUGACGCUUAGUUUUCUUCCUCGAUCUUCUUGGUCAUUAGUUUUCUUCCUCGAUCUUCUUGGUCAUUACUGGAUCUGUAAUCCUGUUUUGAUCUUUUUUCUUCCUUUUCUUGGUCUUUACUGAUCCAUAAUCAUGUUUUAAUCCGUCACUGACGAAGCAUAAAUCUCCCUGUCGCCGUCACUGAGGAGCGCGCGCGCGGUUGGCCUCCAUCUGCCUCUCCCAGUAGGCUGCGGAGUGCUCCACCUCCAGUCCUCCACGGAGGACUGGCUCCCAGUCUGCAUCCUGCUUAUAUUGCCCUGGCAGGCGGCAGCAGGCCACAGGGAUGACAUGGGCGGUUUCUCAUCGGGUGCGACGUGCGAUACAAUAUACAACGCAGGAGUCGUGCGGUGCCUGAAAUUUGUUGAUCAAGUAUCCAUCAAGGUGUGGCGUACGUGCCUGAAUUUUGCUCUGCACUGUGCACUGGCAAGCCUGAGAUUUCAGUCCUUGUUAAGUGUAUCUCAUCAAGGAUAAUGCUUUCAGCUAGAGACCAAUCAUUGUCAAAUUCGUCUUGCUUUUUUUUUCUACCAGUACUGGAGACUACUCAAGCAUCGUUUUCAUUUCU